UUUCUUUCUUUCUCCCCUUCUCUUUCUUUCUCUUUUUCUCUUCUUUUGUCUAAAGAGCAUGCAUUUAACUUCACUUCACUUCAUUUCACUUAAACUUUGAUGAUGAUGAUGAUGAUAAUGAUGAAAAAGGUAGACAAUUAAUUUAUAUAUGAAUUAAAGAGCUAGAGCAAGUGAUGAGAAGCAAGAACAAGGUGGCCGGCGCCGGCACAACAGGGUCGUCGGCAUCACCAUGCGCUGCUUGCAAGCUUUUGCGGCGGCGCUGCGCCGAGGACUGCCUCUUUGCUCCUUACUUCCCCCCUGACCAACCUCACAAGUUUGCUUCUGUUCACAAAGUCUUUGGUGCUAGUAAUGUCAACAAGCUUCUUCAGGAACUACCAGUGAAUUAUCGAAGUGAUGCUGUAAGUAGUAUGGUAUAUGAGGCAAAUGCGCGAGUCCGUGAUCCAGUAUAUGGUUGUGCUGGAGCCAUUUCAUCUCUGCAACAGCAAGUUGAUGUUCUUCAAGCACAACUUGCAAUGGCGCAAGCCGAAAUAAUCCGUCUAAGAAUGCAACAUGCAGGAUACUUAGCUCAUCUUCGUUUGACACCGGCCAGAGGCGGCGGUGGCGGAGGAGGAGGAUCGUCGGCGACAUCAUCGCCAAAGAUGACGGAGGUCAAUGAUAAGCCGGUUUUUAAUUUAGAGACUGAAAUGGAUCAAACUAGCAUGUAUGAACCAAUGUGGUAUUCUUAGUAUUCUAAAAGGCUCUCUAGUGUGUAAGUUUUCAUUUUCAAUUAUUAUGUUGUUUGUAUAUAAAUAUAUAUUUGCUAGCAUGAAUAAAUUAAUCAGAAAGAUUGUUAAA